UCUAACUCUCAUUGGUAAUCAUGCCUGAUGACAUGGAGAUUGAAUCUUCCCUGCCUCGCGGCACCAAGCGAAAAGCCGACGAAUUGGCACCCCUUCCAGCCCCUCGCCGAAUCAAAGCGCUCUCUCAAGACGUCGUAAAUAAGAUAGCAGCAGGAGAGAUCAUCGUUGCACCUGUGCACGCCCUGAAGGAGUUGGUUGAGAAUGCAGUUGAUGCGGGCUCAACUGCGUUAGAGGUUGUGGUCAAAGAUGGCGGUCUGAAAUUCCUCCAAAUCACAGACAAUGGACAUGGCAUUGAUAAAGAAGACCUGUCGAUUCUUUGUGAGCGAUUCACUACGUCUAAGCUAAAGGCUUUCGAGGAUCUCAGCUCAAUUGGCACGUACGGUUUUCGCGGCGAAGCUCUGGCUAGCAUCAGCCAUAUCGCUCAUUUGAGUGUCACCACCAGGACCAAGGAGUCAAGUUGCGCUUGGAGAGCUCAUUAUGCAGAUGGGAAGCUUGCGAGUGCGAAGCCAGGCCAAAGUGCUGAGCCUAAGCCUAUCGCUGGAAGGCCUGGAACGCAAAUCACUGUUGAGGACCUGUUCUACAACAUCCCCUCGCGUCGCCGUGCGUUUCGUUCUGCCAGCGAAGAGUACGCUAAAAUCCUUGAACUUGUCGGCAAGUAUGCCGUCCACUGCUCCGGCGUGUCAUUCUCUUGCAAGAAGCAAGGAGACUCUACCAUUGGCGUCUCGGUCCCAAUGAGUGCUGGCACGGUCGACCGAAUUCGCCAGAUCCAUGGGAGUAGUGUUGCCAGCGAGCUCGUUAACUUCAAGGCUGAAAAUGUGCGCUGGGGCUUCAAGUGCCAGGCUUGGAUUAGUAAUGCUAACUAUAUCUCGAAACGAACAACUCUGCUAUUAUUUAUCAAUCACCGAGCGGUUGAAUCUGCAACUAUUAAAAAGGCCGUCGAGCAGACAUACGCUACGUUCCUCCCCAAGGGCGGGCACCCUUUCAUUUACCUGAGUCUUGAUAUCGACCCUCAACGCGUGGACGUUAAUGUGCACCCGACGAAGCGAGAGGUUCAUUUUCUAAACGAAGACGAGAUCAUUGCUAUCAUCUGCGACGAGAUGUGCGAUAGUUUGAGCAAGGUUGACACAAGCCGGUCAUUCAUGACACAGUCUCUGCUCACCAACCCCAAAGUACCAUUAGUGACUCCCAUGAAGCAGACGAUUCCUGGUACACCAACGACAGGAGACACCUCCGACCGUAGUAGCACGAAACCCACCUCAAAGACAGCUACAAGGAAGCCAUAUGAAAACAAUCUUGUCCGCACCGAUGCCUCCGCUCGUAAAAUAACGUCUAUGCUACAACCGCAUCCUUCCAGGGAUGGAAAUGCUGAUCAGGAUAUCGAUGACAUGGAAUACGAAUACACCAAAAGAGAACCAACCCCCUGUCGCUUGACCUCAAUUAAAGACUUACGUGCCGAGAUCAGAGACGCUAUGCACAACGAACUCACGGACAUCAUCUCAACACAUACCUUCGUCGGCAUCGUUGACGAACAGAAACGCAUUGCUGCUAUACAAGGUGGCGUCAAGCUCUUCCUAGUAGACUACGGUAUGCUAUUUAAUGAGUUCUUCUACCAAGUCGGUUUGACCGACUUUGCCAACUUUGGGUCGAUUCGCUUUAACCCACCGCUUCCACUUCACGACCUUCUGAAGGUCGCGGCCGACCAGGAGAAGGACAAUGCUGGCGAUGCAGGAGAUGAAGUCAACUGGGACGAAGUUGUUGAGAGCGUAAGGGAUCAGCUAAUCAACCGCAGGGAGCUGCUGAUGGAGUACUUCUCCAUGGAGAUCUCAGCAGGAGGAGAGUUGUGUUCGCUCCCAUUAUUGAUAAAAGGCUAUACACCUUCACUAGCCAAACUACCCCCGUUCUUACUCCGUCUGGGCCCGUAUGUGGAUUGGGAGAACGAGAAGGGAUGUUUCCAGUCCUUUAUACGAGAGCUAGCGUGUUUCUAUGUUCCAGAGAGCUUACCUUUGCCGCGUCCCCAACCUCCGCCAACCACCAUAGAUGAGAAUGGCGAAGGAAAAGAGUUGGUAAUAGAGGAAGACCCAGGCAUAACCCUGCGAAGGAAACAAAUCCGGCGAGCAAUCGAAUAUGUCAUUUUCCCGGCUUGUAAAGCAAGGCUUGUGGCUACGAAGGGGUUGUUAAGAGGGGUUGUGGAGGUCGCAAAUCUGAAGGGACUUUAUCGCGUUUUCGAGAGAUGUUAAACUGGAUUGCACAAAAGUCAAGAGGAAUUAACCGGUGGGAGGAUGAAACCUGCCGGCUGGGAUAGUGAAGGCUCGGUGAUGGUGAUGGGAGCAGCAGAUUGCAUGCGGC